UGGUGAUGACGCAUUUCCGGGGCGGUGGGAGAGUAAGAUGGCGGCGCCCAUGGAGGUGGCCGUGUGUACUGAUUCGUCUGCCCAGUUGUGGAGUUGCAUCGUGUGGGAGCUGCACUCGGGUGCUAACCUGCUCACGUACCGCGGCGGCCAGGCUGGGCCCCAUGGCCUGGCUCUGCUCAAUGGCGAGUACUUGCUUGCGGCGCAGCUGGGCAAGAACUACAUCAGCGCCUGGGAGCUGCAGCGGAAGGACCAGCUGCAGCAGAAGAUCAUGUGCCCUGGGCCUGUCACGUGUCUGACCACGUCACCCAAUGGCCUCUACUUGCUGGCGGGCAUUGCAGAGAGCAUAUACCUGUGGGAGGUCUCCACAGGGAACCUCCUGGUCAUCUUGAGCCGCCACUACCAGGACAUCUCCUGCUUGCAGUUCACAGGGGACAGCAGCCACUUCCUCUCGGGUGGCAAGGACUGCCUGGUGCUGGUGUGGAGCCUGUGCAGUGUGCUGCAGAUGGAUUCCUCCAGGACCCCAGCCCCCCGGCAUGUCUGGUCCCGUCACACCCUUCCCAUCACAGACCUGCACUGUGGCUUUGGGGGUCCCCUAGCCAGGGUGGCCACAGCCUCGCUAGACCAGACAGUGAAGCUAUGGGAGAUCUCCUCAGGAGAGCUGCUGCUCUCCGUGCUCUUUGAUGUGGGCAUUAUGGCUGUGACCAUGGACCUGGCUGAGCAUCACAUGUUCUGCGGUGGCAGUGAAGGCUCCAUCUUCCAGGUCGAUCUCUGCACCUGGCCUGGACAGAGAGAGAAGAGCUUCCAGCCAGAACAGGACAGUGGGAAGGUGUUCAAAGGUCACAGGAACCAGGUGACAUGCUUGUCAGUGUCUACUGACAGCAGUGUGCUGCUCUCUGGCUCACAUGACGAGACCGUGCGCCUCUGGGACAUCCAAAGCAAGCAGUGCAUCAGGACGGUGACCCUGAAAGGCCCUGUGACCAAUGCCUUCAUUAUGCUGGCGCCGGUCAGCAUGCUGAGCUCCGACUUCAGGCCCAGCCUGCCCUUGCCACACUUCAACAAACACCUGCUGGGCGCUGAGCAUGGGGACGAACAGCACCGCGGGGGCCUGACGCUGCGCCUGGGCCUCCACCAGCAGGGCUCAGAGCCCAGCUAUCUGGAGCGAGCGGAGCGGCUGCACAAGGUCAUGUGCAGCACUAUGGAAAAGAACGUGCUGGGCGGCCAGGACCAGCUGCGAAUCCGAAUCACGGAAUUAGAAGAUGAGGUGCAGAACCUGCGCAAGAUCAACCGCGACCUGUUUGACUUCUCCACCCGCAUGAUCACCCGGCCUGCCAAGUGAGUGCCGGGACCCAGGCCACUUGCCCACGGACAGGCCGUCAGGGCUGGCCUCCCUGGGGCUGCUGGGCUGACGCCCCUGGACCACCACGUGUCCCCAGCUUGCCUUCCCCUGGACUGUUAACCUGCGUGAGGGCUCGUUUUGUCUGUGAUGACCCACCGGUGUCUGUUGUGUCCAGUUGGUGCUGUUCAGUUUUUAACAAAAAGACCUAAAAUCCUGUCAUCCUCAGUCCUCCGUAUGUGCUGAGGGCUAUUCCAGGACUCAGGCUGGACUCUGGGACCCUCGACACGGGCCAUCAGGUCUGACUUAGUCAAAACCUAGUGUUGGGAAGCUGUGA